UCGAUAAAUUUGUGUUUUAUAUGAUAUGCACACUACAGUAGUUAGCUUGUAUGUUAGGAUGGACUACUAUGACAAUUAGCAAGUUAAAUAGAGUAUAGGAUCUGUUGUCAUUGCACUUCCGCACUACAGCGUGGUUGGGUUGUAUGGCGGGAGAAAAGCUGCCAUCAGGGGUUUUCACUCAUGGAGAGAAGACGACGACUUCGACCAAUCCAAGAUGCGGAGUACCAUAUCCAAGCGGGGAUUGAUAAGCCAUGUCUCCAGCAGCGUUUUAUCAAUAAUUUUAAAGGCCGAGGUGUUUUUGCCACUGAACUCAUAUUCAAAGGCGACUUUGUUGUGGAGUACCGAGGGAAACUACUGUCACAGCAGCAGGCAGAGCUCCAAACUAUUGAGUACAAUGAGUCUGCAAAUGUUUUUCUUUUUGAUUUUCAGUGGAAGAGUAAAACAUGGUGCAUUGAUGCAUGUGAAGAGGACUCCUCUCUUGGGAGACUUGUUAAUGACGACCACAGAAGACCUAAUUGCAAAAUGAAAACCAUAAAAGUAAUUGAGAAACCACACUUAUGUCUCUUCGCGAUUCGAGAUAUUACAGCUGGAGAAGAAUUGACUUACAAUUACGGUGACUCAAACUGGGCAUGGAGAGCACAGCAGGUUAACAAGGAUGUACUACCUAGCGUGAAACCUGAGAUUGGGAGUAUAAAGUCUGCUGCUGCUAUAGUACAUGCUGAUUCAAUAGGGACUGAACUCACCACAGUCACAACUGUAGACUCACAGCCUGCUGACACAGCCCCCAAAACACACUUCACUGGCACAGACACCCUGUCCCCCUACCCCAUCACACAUAUCACUGUUGCAGGUCUCAAACUCUAG